AUGCCAGACACGAGCGCGCCCUCGGCCUUCACCACAAACACUCUCCCCCAUCCAACAGACUACACCUGCCCCUUUAGCGACCACAUCUUUGCCGCGAAACAUGGUGUUGAGCUCCGCCUCCGUCUCUGGCCGGCACCCGUAAACAGCCCAAGGCCCUGGGUCCUCUGGUCGCACGGCGGGGCCUUUCUUUUUGGCAUGCACGAAGAGAUCACGCCGUGGGUCGUACCUCUCCUACUGAUGCGUGGUAUUCACGUCGUCUCGUUCGCGUACCGCUUCGCCCCUCAGGCGUCGCUCGACGACAUUCUCGACGAUGCUAACGACGCGUACGCAUGGUGUCGCGCCCACCUCCCCACCUUCCUCGGCAACACCGUUGCGCUGGAGCGCUUCGCUGUCGGGGGCGAAAGCGCGGGCGGCACCAUCGCCGGCCUCCUUGCUCAGACUCUCCAGCCGCCACCACGCGCCUUCCUCGCCGUCCACGCACUUUUCGACCUCGCCGACCCUUUCUUCCAGAACCGUGGAGAUCACGCCGAGCUCAGCGGCGAGUUCAACGAGGCCGAGGUCGCCGCCGCCGCGCACGACCACAACCCUGCCAACGCCAUCAUCACCUGUCCCUCCCCUGCUCACGUUAGAUACGGACAAGGCGAGCUUCGCCGCGCGUUUCACAGCCUCACUCUCAUCGUUGGGCGUCGGCAGCAUCUCCAGGGCGAUGUGUUCACGUUGAUGAACCGCGGAAACUGGGUGGACGCUGUGCUCCGCGGCGACAGUGAGGAGGCGAAGCGCACGUACGCUGAGAAGCACUCGCCGCUUAGACUUGUGGGAGGACGGGGGGAUGAUCACGCCAAUGGCGUCGGGACGAACGGCGCCAGCGGACGCGGGCACGAGAAUGGCACGAGCGGCGGAUAUCCCCAUCCGCCAACGUUCUUCGUGCACGGCGAGGCGGACGGGGUCGUUCCUAUCGAGCAGAGUCGUGACAUGGCUCAGCGGCUGCGGGAGAUGGGCGUGCCGGUCGCCGAGUAUUACGAGCCGGGGGGUGGGCAUGUGUUUGAUCAGCGCUUCACUUCCCGCCGCGUGAAGGGCUACGACGAGUGCUGCGGUGCAGCUGUCGAGUUCAUUGAGUCACAUCUGCAGUAA